AAGUGUCUCUCUCUCAACGCACAGACCAUAAUGAGGCAGUUUCGGCCAUUCUCCGAUUGGCCGCUGCGCCGAAAGCGUCCCAAGUCAACAAACGAAGCUCAACCAUCGGCAAACGACGCGGCCAAACACUCAACCAUUCGAGCUGCUGCUCUCGAGUUGUCCAGCGAGCGGACCAUCACAUUCUAAAAUAAGCAGGAUGGCUGGUCAGAAACUAUACCCCCGCGCGACGGUCAAGAAGAUUGUCAAAGCUCACUCGAAUUGUAACGUGAGCAAGAACGCUGAUGUCAUGAUGUUCCUGGACUACAUGCUUUUUAUGCAAACACUCAUGAAAGAGGCCGCAAUUGAGGCCAAGCAAGGCGGAGAGCGAGGCAUCACGGCCCGGAGUGUGAAGAAGGCCACAGUGGACUCGCUUGCCAAGUUUAGGGGAUGAGAUAGCUGGAAUAUGGGGAUAUGACGAAGUUAGCGAAACAAUGGCCCCGGCCGUAAACAACAACCCAGCUCGCGAGGCCGGCCGAAGACGCCGGGGCGAGAUCUGGAUGAACGAAGCUUGUCCUGCGCCGCUGGCGCAGUUCCCUGGCGAAUGUGGAGACCGAUCGAGUUCAGCUGGGGCACGCGACAUCAAACUUUCUACACGCACUAUGUGGUGUGGGGAGGUAACCUCAAAAAGAUGCUGCCUUACGAUGCAAACGGGAAACAUCGGAUAUUCUAACUCGAGCUUUGUGGAAAGAGACAAACAAAUGACAGAGACGAGGCUCAGCCCUCCGUUUCCACCUCGGAGGCCUAUAUCCAUAAUAAAUUGCGUGCACUGCGAAUGUUUGUUCCG